AUGGACUUCGCCUACUCCCCACACCGCGAGGUCGGCGGAACGUUGCACCUCCACUCACCAACCCACCCGCACUCAUACCGCGUCGACGGCUUCCCGUCCAUCAAACAAAUCAGGCGUUCUCUCUCGCGCUCUCCAUCCAAGGCUUCUCGUUUCACCCUGCACAGCAACAACAACUCGCCGUCCGGUUCUCCUCAGUCUCCGCUGUCGCCCUUGGCUCUGUCGAGAGCCCUUAGCCCAAGGAAGGAUCAACAUGUCCCGGAACUCUUCCCGUUCUCGCCUUUGCAGGAGACUCCCGCUGCAACGAAGAAGAACAAGUCCGCUCUCCGCCGUCUCGGGCCCCUUCGCACUUCGCCCCGCAAGCGACCGACCCCGCGCCGGGUCCUUAGCGACACCUUGAACCAAGCCAACAAGUCGCCCACAUCGAGGCGCCGCAGCACUGCAGAGGAGGACAACAUGGACGAGGACACAGAGGAUCUCAGGUCAGACACGGAAUCGAAGGCAUCAAAUGCUCGCCUCGAAUUCCAGGAUGACCCAAUCAAGUUCGAGUUUGCCAAGCCCAAGGCUGAGGCCAGUGACUCUGUCGCCAGAUGUCUCCAGCCUGCAAAGUCGAGUCCACUGAAGCGAAGCGACGGCAUCAUGAACCUCGAUCAGGCCAGCCUCAGCCUCGGCAGUCCUGUGGCCAAGAGAAGGAGCCUGCAUGGUGGAUCGUUUGACGAUCUCGAUAGCUUCUUCGAGAACGCUCCAUUCCCGUACCAAACUGAGGAGCGGGGAAGCAACGACCAAGAUAGGGAAACGACGAAUCCCUCAUUCACACCGCCGUCCUCCUCCCCGCUUGGACCAAGGCGCGCCUCCCCCAUCCGGAAGCAGUCCCUCAGAAAGUCAACACUCAGCCGGUACAACACCAGCAGCGCGCGUUUGCGCCUCUUUGAGGGACACGAAUUUCUAUCUGCCAGUCCAGCUGCUCCCAAGUCUAAGCCUCGCAUCUCUCUUGAUAGCGGCGUCGCCAUGAGCCCAUCGCCGGCCGACUCGCCUUUCCGCAAGAGCACCAAAUUCGGAGCAUCCCACGCUUUCCAUGUUCAAAAGCGGUCGGUUUCGGGUCCAGCGAUGGCCCACCAGCCUCAUCCUUUGUCAAACGCCCUUACACCGUCAUCUUCAUGCUCCAGCUUAAGCGACGAUGACGACUCUCCCUCUCACAUGCCGCCGCCGGCCCCGGCCCCUCAGCGCCAGACAAUCACUGAAACCUCGAGGCCUCCGAUCAGCUUCUCUCGAUCGCUCCCUAUAGGUGCCGCCCGCCCGGCUGGCGGAGAACACGCGCCGUCUGAUUCUCCAUUUGCCACUCCAGACCAUUUCAGAAUGGCGAAGCCGCUACCAUCUGCUUUCAUGUCGACUGGUCUUAUUUCCAAGAAGAACCGCAACGUGGAGGCGCCCGCAACUGGAGGGGUCGAGAGCUACACCAUGCCUGACACACCGUCAAAGAGGGUGUCUUUCCCGCCUUUGACGAAUUCUACGCCUUUCCAGCGCAGCACUUUCGGCAAAUCGACCAUGUCUCGGCCGGAGUUUGGUACCCCGUCCACACCUUUCAGUUCACAUGCGGUGAAGGCAACGCCGAUCUCGUUCGGUAAGGGUGUCAGCAUCUUCGGUUCCCGAGGCCAGAAGCCCGACCUUGAUCGCAGGAGUAGCUUCGUAAGCAUUGAUGGCGACGAUAACCUACGAUCGCCUUCUGGUGCUGGAGACAGCCAGUUCAGCAACGACGAAUUUCCUCCCACACCUACCAAGCAGCAUAGUGCUAGGAACUCCAAGGAGAACAGCUUGAGGAGCAACCUGUUUGGUCGACGAGCUUCUCUGGGUCCUGACACUUUUGUUCCACCCACUCCCGAAGACCUCCCUUCUCCGAAAUUCUCCAAGAGUAAGUCUUUCCCGCGUGGGUCUACGGAGGUCGGUACGGGAACCAAGAAGGGCCUCUUCGAGCGCUCUCCAAACCCGUUUCGAAACUCUCAAGACAUCGAUCCGUGUUCUCCUUUCGGCAGACGGAUGUCAACCCCAUCCUGUCCGUCACCGCUCCUGAACCGUUCUCUCAAAUCUCUUUCUACUCCAUCGGCAGCGGAUGGCGCUGAGCAAAUGACUUCUCCAGUUGCUCCGACUCCUACACUUAACCGGUCAAAGUCACCUCACACUCCGCAGGGGAGCUACACCCCGCCCGAUGCUAGCCGGCUUUCCAUCUCGGCCCAGGCUAAUCGCAGGGGAUCGAUUCCAUUCCACGCCAGCAUUGGUAGCGGACUAGCCUUUCCCCCGGCUACUCCGACUACAUCUCGGGACCAGGUCUUCCUCUUUGGAAACACCCAGCCUGUGGCGCCCAUCACUGGCCUGACCAAGAACGACGUUGACACCAGCCUGACUUCUCGCUUCCAGAAUGUCAAGCUCCUUCCCGGAGAUGGCGAGUUUUCUCAGGUUUUCCUUGUUGACCAGUCUGCGCAUGACUCGAUGACCCAGUCGCCGUCGUCACAUUCGCUUACCAAGCGAUGGGUAGUCAAGAAGGCCAAGAAGCCCUUCACUGGCCCGAAAGACAGGGAACGAAAGAUGCUGGAAGUGGACAUUCUCAAGUUCCUGCGUGGUAACGAGCACAUUAUUGAGUUUACGAACUGCUGGGAGGCAAACCACCAUCUCUACAUUCAGACGGAGUAUUGCGAAAACGGAAAUCUCAAGACCUUCCUGAGCGAGACUGGCGACAAGGCCCGACUGGAUGAUUUCAGGAUCUGGAAGAUCCUGCUGGAACUCUCGUCGGGCGUAAAACACAUCCACGACUCCGGCUUCAUUCACCUCGAUCUCAAGCCAGCGAACGUCUUUAUCGACUGGGAAGGCGUUCUCAAGAUUGGGGACUUUGGCCUCGCAAGCUCUUGGCCGGCGCCGCGCGGCAUCGACGGCGAGGGCGAUCGUGAGUACAUGGGACCUGAAAUCCUCCGCGGUCAGUUUGACAAGCCUGCCGAUGUCUUUGCGCUGGGCAUGAUCAUGGUCGAGAUCGCGGGUAACAUCAUCCUACCCGACAACGGUGCUUCCUGGCAGCGUCUCAGGAACGGCGACUUGAGCGAUCUUCCCAGCCUCACUUUCAGCUCUGAUACCACGCUUGAGCGUGAUGAGUCUGGUGAUCCCAUCCUUGAUGAAGAGGCCGUCAUGGUCCCCUCCCAUGGGGCGCUCUUCUGCGCUGAUCAUGACGACGAGACGUCUCAGGCACUUCGCAAACUCUCGCCUCGGAGGUAUCUCACAGACACGCUCGUUGAGCCUCCCCAGUUCAUGGUAGAUCCCGAUGACGACGGCGCCUUGGACAGGAUCGUUCAGUGGAUGAUCUCUCCCGACCCCGAUGCGCGCCCAGUCAUCGAUCAGAUCUACCACCUUGACGGUGUCCAAUGGGUUUACAGGCGCAGGCGCGCCGGUGCUACCAUCUAUGAAGGCAACUGGGGACCUGCGGACUAUGUCCUUAACCCCGAGCAGGACGUCGACAUGAUGGACUUGAACUGA